GCUUGACAUCUCAGGGCUGAAAUGGAGCUGCUAGGAACCAUUCCGCUUGCUCUCCUGAUUUCUGUGACUUGCCUUAGCCUCCUUUCAGUGUGGGCAAAAAUGCACACUGCGGGGAGACUGCCCCCUGGCCCAACUCCUUCCCAUUAUUGGCAAUAUACUGCAAUUAAACCUCAAAACCUCCCUGCAUCUCUCUCCAAGCUGGCCAAAGAGUAUGGACCUGUUUACACUCUGUACUUUGGAUCCUGGCCUACUGUGGUCCUACACGGAUAUGACGUGGUGAAAGAAGCUCUACUCAAUCAAGGUGAUGAUUUCCUUGGGAGAGGACCUCUUCCCAUUGUCGAAGAAAGCCAGAAGGGACGUGGAAUCAUUUUCAGUAACGGAGAGAGGUGGAAGCUCAUGCGGCGCUUCUCCCUCAUGACGCUGAGGAACUUUGGGAUGGGGAAGAGAAGCCUGGAGGAGAGGGUGCAGGAGGAAGCGCAGUGCCUUGUGGAAGAAUUACAGAAAACAGAAGCUCAGCCUUUUGACCCCACCUUCAUCCUGGCUUGUGCUCCCUGCAACGUGAUCUGCUCCAUCCUCUUCAACGAGCGUUUCCAAUACAACGACCAGACAUUCCUCAACCUCAUGGAUCUUCUAAAUAAAAAUUUCCACCAGUUGAACUCUAUAUCAUGCCAGAUGUACAAUCUAUGGCCAAAGUUCAUGAAGUAUCUCCCUGGAAAGCAUAAAGCAGUCAUUAAAAGACUUGAUGAGGUUAAAAAUUUCAUUCUAGAAAAAGUGAAGGAGCAUCAAGAGUCCCUGGAUCCUGCUAACCCUCGGGACUACAUUGACUGUUUCCUCAAUAAGAUUGAGGAGGAGAAGCACAGCCUGAAAUCUGAGUUUGAUCUGGAGAACUUGGCAACCUGUGGGUCUAACUUGUUUACCGCGGGCACUGAGACAACCAGCACCACCCUGAGAUUUGGACUUCUGCUCCUUAUGAAGUACCCGGAGGUGCAAGCCAAGAUUCACGAAGAACUUGAUCGCGUGAUUGGACGCCACCAAAACCCCAGCAUGGCGGACAAGGUGAAGCUGCCCUACACUGAUGCCGUGCUGCAUGAGAUUCAAAGGUUCAUCACUCUCCUUCCUUCUAAUCUGCCCCACGCUGUGGUCCAGGACACAAGAUUCAGAGACUAUGUCAUCCCCAAGGGCACCACUGUACUCCCAUUACUAUCUUCCAUCUUGAUGGAUCAUAAGGAGUUUCUCAACCCAGAGAAGUUUGACCCAGGACACUUUCUGGACAAAAACGGCUGCUUCAAGAAGACAGACUACUUUGUUCCUUUCUCCCUUGGGAAGCGUUCCUGUGCUGGCGAGAGUUUGGCCCAUAUGGAGCUCUUCCUGUUCUUCACGGCCAUUCUGCAAAAGUUUUCCCUGAGGUCUCUGGUGGAGCCAAGGGACCUAGGUAUCAAGCCUGUUGCAACCGGCCUUCUCAAUCUGCCUCCACCUUAUAAGCUGUCUCUUGUUCCUAGAUAAGAGUUCAUCCCUUAAAAGAAAAAAAAAAAAAAAAAA